AUGAACGCAACGUUGGUUCUAAACUUGUCUUCACCAACUCUUCAAGGGACAGAAACGACAAACAAUUUAGAUAAUACAACUCUAAGAAUCUGUGUUACCGCUAUUGUAGUAGUCAUCAUCGUUCUAACAAUUUUAGGCAAUGGACUUGUCUGUUUGGCUUUCUAUCGUCAACCGCACUUAAGAGGCGUUUCUUAUUAUCCGAUUCUUAAUCUAGCACUGGCCGAUAUUUUAUGCGGUAUCUGCGCAAUGCCAGCGUACAUUGCCAAGAAGCACACUGCCGGUGGUGAUAAAGAACGUAUUACAUGUGAUGUGUCUCGUUUCACAUACUUCAUUUCCAUGUACGCCUCCAUAUUGAGUGUAACCGUAGUGGGUCUCGAAAGAUUCAUAGCAAUUAAAAUGCCCAUCAGGCAUAGAACGUUAUUAACUGAACGAAAGAUGGUCACCGCGCUUAUGCUCUCCUGGCUCGAAGCCGCAUUAGUGUCCAUGCUUCCGUUCGUUUGGCAGCGUAAAGACAUCGACGAGCUAUGUACUUACCAACCUACAAAAGAAUGGAGCAUGAUGGUUAUUUUACUAAACGUGUGCUUCCCAUUUGUUGUUAUGUUUGCCUGCCACUUCUACACAGUUUACUUUGCCAUUCGAUUUUCCCGCGCGAAAUAUCGAGGGGAAACUACAGGUACAACGGUGCAUGGCGUUAGACGAAAUACAAGCGAUGGAACUUCCUAUGAGAAUAAAGAAGCUAUUUUGGCAAAGCGGGAACGAGAUCUUACGUGUACGAUGGCGAUGGUUUUGGGAGCUUUUAUACUGUGUUGGGCACCUUCAAGUUUUUAUUACUUUCUCCGCGUGGUUUGUCCCCAGUGCUACCAACCGUCAUUUGAACAGGUUGAACCUGUUUUCAAUGCAGUUAUGAAAUUACUAACAUUCGUGAAUUGCUGUAUAAAUCCAAUGAUUUAUUGUUCGUUGAACAAACAUUUGAGAGAAGCAAUUUAUCUGUCGCUUUUGAAAAAGUCAGAAGCAAGAAAGAGAAAUUUCAUUCAGAUUAAAAGAAUUGACGGAAAGACAGCGAUUUCACGUGGACUUUGA